AUGGUUUAUCGAGCACGAGUUCUAAUAGGUUUAGCCUUCACUCAGAUGAUAUUUGGUUCUUCAAUGAUAGUAGCCGGUAUAACAAGCAUUUUAGGAGCUAUAGAUCACUGGUCUACUAAGGCUGGUUUUGGAAUAUGGGUUGGCAUUUGGGUGAGUAAAAUUAUUAACUCUCUAGGAUUUAAUUGUAUCAAGAGUAAAAUCUAGUAAGUACCUCAUAUUUAAGCUUACUUUUGCGUCACGUUAUUCAUUAAAUUCAUGGGACAGUUCUAUGAUAAAAUAUGCAAUUCAUGAGAGUGAUUCUUCACUUGUUGUUUGUAAGACUCACGUUUUGAGUAAGUGAACAUGCAUUUCAGAACUCUUUCGGGACAUUCUCUACUGGAAACAAAUAAAUAAAAGGUUUAGUUUUCGGCAGAAAAAAACAAUGCUGUUGCGUUGACAAAAAGUGAAAAAUACUGAGUUGAUUAAGUCUAUUUAACAUACGGUAAUAAUAUUCAAAAGGUGACCUUUAAAGCGCUACUACUUCGGUCCGACGAAGAGCUGGCUCGUGUUUGACAGCUAUAAGAGGCACAUCAACUCCCACUAUAGGUAAUUUGUGAAAAAUGAAUUUAGUCUUUAAGUUUGAAAGGCAGGGAUUUUCACCUUGCCUCUAUCAUCAAGCUUGGUUUUUAGGUGGCUCACAUCUGAAGGUGAAUUUGUGCACGGCACGACUUUAUUCAAGUAGCGUUCCCAUGGCAACUCUUCGGUGACGUCUUUGCUUUCACCACUUCAAUUUUUCAGACGAAAGAAACAUUUACUCGAUAAAUUAAGUCUUCUUGGGAGUAUCCUUUGGUUGGAAAGGAUGCUAAUAACAGUGGAAUAGCACUAAAUGAACACCAACGUAUGUAAAAAUUUAAAGCGGAAGUAAAUGAACUGUACGUGCGUAAACGCGUACGCGGACUUCCUGUUCGCACGUUUUUUUACUGGUGUAAGGUAAAUUUACGUAAAUGUCACGUACAUAGCGAAAAUAUGAAUUUGAUUUGAAUUGAAGGUAAAAACGAGAAUUUGGUUUUAUUAACUACUCGGGGCCGACUAUUUUACUUUUGAGGGGAGUAUGCGGUUAAUUGUAGAAAAAAAUAUCCUGCCGACUGAUUUCGAGGGAAAAAAAUUCUUGCAAGGAAAUACCUAGGGGAAAAAAUUUCCUACACUUUCAUGGCUUAUAAUCCUGGAAAAAAAUCUUACACCGUUACAUUGUAUGUCGGGGAAAAAAAUCUAUCACCAGAGGUUUGGAGAAAAACAAAUUCUCACCGAAAUCAAAUUACUAUAGUCCCCGCCUCCUUAACUCCACCCACCAAUUAACCUAUAUCCCCCCCGGACAAAAGUCAAAUGAAAAUUUAAAAGAAUGCAGACAAGAUCAUCACAUUUAAAUACGCAACUUAUGCAUUUGGGAAAUUAAACCUUCAUUUAUUUCUUUAUUUCGCUUUUCAAAAAUAUAUUAUUCAUAUAUUCAUUAUUUCUGGCUUAAUUGACUUAGAGCGGCUUCUGUCUUAUGACUGGGGGUCUACAAAAUACGAUACUGCUAUCGGCUGUGACAAUGCUCGAGGCAGUCACUCAGGGGACAGGUGUCAACAGCACUGCUUUUCAGACUAAUAAACGACUCGAAAUUAAUCUUUAAUUCCACAAUUUGGAAAGCUUCUUUCGUCAAUAUCAUUAUCUAUUAAAAAUUUCUCAUUUCAAACAAUGUAUCGAUUUUUUUACCUCCGAAAUAUUAAUGAAAAAUCUUGCUGAUUCCAAGUUGUGUCAUGUGAGUUGUAUUGUAUGCUGUUAGGUGCUGAUCAGUGGAUUGUUAGGGUGCAUUGGUGCAAAAGAUGUUACAAACCCAAAUAAAUGCAUGGUUAGUAUCCUUUCUAUUAUUUCAGCAGAUCUUGUUUUGAAUGUACAAAACCCAACCGCACAAAGCCUAAGAAUCACCGCUGCCUGUUUAUCUGCGUGGUAGCCCUGGCUUUGAUCCCAACAAUGACAGCAAAGUAGAUGCUACCAGUUGGUUUGUUAACUCAAGAGGUAGAGCGCUGCACCGGUAUUGCAGGGGUCACGGGUGCAACUCCUGUGCAAGCCUUUAUUUUUUUAAAGUUUCUUUUCGCUGUUGCAAAAAUUGCGUCCACAACGUCGUCCACAACUGUGAUAAAGUUCUUCACAUUUAAGAACUGCCAUUUUUAACAUUUAUGGUACUCCUUUUCUAGUAAAUCUAUAUAGUUCUAACUUUUGAGUAUGAGGACACGAAAUAUUCUGUUACGUUAUUGUGUUGCCAUUCAAAUAAAAAUCCUGUUCAACAGCGCAUACGCUACGUAAUAUUUUCCGUUUAUAUAGCAAAAUUAAUUUGGUAAUUAAAAUUUGCGAUAAUUCUUGAAAUUUGAACUUGCCCUUUGCCAUCUAUUAAACUGGCAGUUUUAUUUAAUUCGCGACCAGAGUGGCACAGCAAACGAAUUUGAAGGAUAGCAAUAAAUUAACAGGUGAUCUUUAUUAAUAGUUAUUUUUGCAUCUGUCCACAGAUUGGAUGUUUUAUGGGAUUCUCCAUCACUGCUUGUAUCAUUGCUGGAAUCAUGUUCAUCUGCUACUGCGUUACUCUUCAAGAGCUUUCCCACAUUAUUCAUUGCAGGGCUGAUGAUUUUUGGCGGAGUCUUGACACGUACUGUUACUCACGUUCUGAACGAAACAAAGCCUCAUUUGGUUUAGAGGUAGGAUCUUGUCAACUGACAUUUUCCGUGGUGGUUUUCUUUGUUGCCCUCGCUUCAUCCAUCUACUGCUGCAAAGCAGUGUGCUGUGGAGUUCCUCCUGUAGGCAGAGUAAGUAGCAUAUAAUGAUUCUCGUUUGAUUUUCUCUAUCAUGGUGUUCGUUACUUCGCCCCGUAUAAGGGAAUCCAAGACAGUUUUGGAUUCUGAAUUCCACGCCCUGGAUGCCGGGUUACAGGUAUUGGAUCCCAGUCUUUGUCAGGGGAAGUUUGAUUCUGUAUUCCAGUCGUUUGUGGGAUUCCGGAUUCCUUGAGCUGUGUUUUGGAUUUCAAAGCCCAGGAUUCGGGAUUCCACAAGCAAAAUUUUUCCCAGAUUUCGGAUUCCACAGGCAACAAUUUCCCGAAUUCCGGAGUUCACAUUGCAUAACAUGCGGCGAGUUACUUAUCGUGAACUGUGGUGCCUUUGUGUCGCCCUUUCUUACCCAUUGAUUUCAUUCGAAUAUGAUAAGGUUUUCUGUCAUCAUGAAAUUUAUAGGUCGGACUCGGAAUUAAAAUAAAAUUGGUAUCGGUUAUCUUAAGAACUAAUUACUGGCUCGAAGCUGACGUCUUCAGAUUUAAUGUACAUGGAAGCCUUUCGUUGCUUGAUCGUGCUUGUUAUCUCGACAAGUCACAGAACAGUACCAUUGAUAUCGAUGUCUUUGUGUUGGUAUCGAGUGCGGUUCUUUUUAAAUUUUAAUGUGUGAUAUAAACGAUUUGGAGGAAAAGUCAUUUAGAUUUUAAAAAGGGAUAAUUCUGUUAACAUUUUAGGUUGCCUCUCAGCAAGUGAUGUAUAUUCCUCCUCAACAAAUCUACCCAGGAGGCCAAGCUGGCGUUGUAGUUAUUCAACCAAGUGGUGUCAUAGCAAGUACUUCUCAUGGUUACCUUUUGGCUGCAGGACAGCAAACAGUCUUCUUACCUCCACUGGUAGCUACUGCUUCUAGCUAACAAAAAACAAUUAUGUAACGAAAGUACCGUCAAUGAUUACAAUAGUUUUGUGUAAAAUUCAUCGACCGAUUCAAUACUUUGAACAUUAUUUUGGGAUGUUAUCUCAUAUGUACUAUCACUUAGCCGCUUUGGAAGUUUGUAUUGUACGUAACGGAACUAAGUUUCUCCCCGUCCGCCACGUCUCAGCUAGUAAGUUUCCCUCCUUUUUUCAUGUCACCCUUGAUUACAUUCAAAUAUCUGAAACCGUUUUUAACAGAAAGAAGCAAGGGAGCAUGAGAGACCUCCACCAUAUUCCUACAGUGCAGGGAAUGGAAAUGCCCUACCAUCAACUGCGUCUCUAAGCGGUGCUGCUGAGGAUGUGCAUCUACCAUAUUCAUACAGUGAACAGACAGGCAAUGUCCCACCAUCAGCGGCGUCUGUAAGCGGUGUUACUGAGGAUGUGCAUCUACCAUAUUCAUACAGUGCACGGACAGGAAAUGCUCUACCAUCAACGGCGUCAGCAAGCGGUGUCACUGAGGUUGUGCAUCUACCAUAUUCAUACAGUGCACGGACAGGCAAUGUCCCACCAUCAGCGGCGUCUGUAAGCGGUGUUACUGAGGAUGUGCAUCUACCAUAUUCAUACAGUGCACGGACAGGAAAUGCUCUACCAUCAACGGCGUCAGCAAGCGGUGCCACUGAGGUUGUGCAUCUACCAUAUUCAUACAGUGAACAGACAGGCAAUGUCCCACCAUCAGCGGCGUCUGUAAGCGGUGUUACUGAGGAUGUGCAUCUACCAUAUUCAUACAGUGCACGGACAACCAAUGUCCCACCAUCAACGGCGUCUACAGGCGGUGUCACUGAGGAUAUGUCUCCACUUUAUUCAUACAGUGCACGGACAGGAAAUGCUCUACCAUCAACGGCGUCUACAAGCAGUGUCACUGCGGAUGCACCCGCAUGGGUAAUGACAAUUUAA